UUGUUUCCUCAUAAACUGCAUACCUUCACGUCCCAUUGUGCCAAUAUUUCCGCUUCAUUUCCCAUCCUAUCUUUCUUCUUCUUCUUCUUCUUCAAAUAUCCUCUCCCCUCCCACUCUCUCCUUAAUCCAGUCUACGCAAUGCCCACGACGAAGCCCCUAGUCAAACCCUUCCUCUUCCUCCUCUGUCUCUCCCUCCUCUUCCUCCUUUCGCUCCUCCUUUCCCGCUCACCCCUAAACCCAAACCUCACCCGCCAAGUCCUUCUAUCUUCUUCAUCUUCCUCCCUCCUCAAGAUCCGCCCUGGCUUCCGGUCCUACGACGACUACCUCAAACUACAGCUAAACAAAACUCUCAACCCUCGCCUCCGCCGCGUCUGGGCUACCCGCGACUGGAACCGUAAGAUCUCCGUCUUCUCUCGCUUCUUCGCCGAGCUUCGUCAAUCAGGCUUUCUAUCGGACACCUCGCGCGCGCUCUGCGUUGGAGCUCGGAUGGGCCAGGAAGUUGCGGCGCUAAAAUCAGUGGGUGUCGCCGACUCGAUCGGAAUGGAUCUGGUACCAUCGCCGCCACUGGUUGUACAAGGAGAUUUCCAUUCCCAGCCAUUCGCCAAUUCUUCCUUCGACUUCGAGUUUUCCAACGUCUUCGACCACGCGCUUUACCCAGAACGAUUUUCCAGAGAGAUUGAACGGACUCUCCGCCCCGGCGGCGUCUGCGUCCUCCACGUCGCCGUUGCCCGCCGAGGCGAUCGGUACUCCGCCAACGAUCUCUACGGUAUUGAGGGCGUCACCUCUCUGUUUAAAGAUUCCGAUCUCGUUCGUGUAAGGAAGGUCGAUGGCUUCGGCCUUGACACGGAGCUUGUUCUGCGGAAGAAGAAUCGUAGCAGGUGAUCCGAUAUCCCUCCAUUACCUUUCCUUCCUCCCAACCCUUCUCUCUCUCUCUCUCGCCCCCUGCGUCCUUCCCGAGCUUAUCGUUAUCGUCCACGUGUCACCAUUGCCGGCCUUUUCUAUAUUUUCUUUUAAAAUUUUAAAAGAAAUGGGUAGCAAAUAUUUGAGCCAAAUAAAAAAUAAUGGCAAAAAUUUAGUUAGGAUUAAUUUAAUAAUUUAGAGAUGAAUAAUAAAUAAAUUUUAAUAUAUUAUUUUUUAUUUUAUUCAUCUCAGAACUAAUACUAAAAUUAUUAAAUUCAUCUUAACUCAAUUAAUUUUUCUUAAAAAAUAGUCUAAUGAGUUAUAUGGAGAAGGGAGAAAAAGCUUAAAUUUUAUGUUA